GAAUACAAUUUUAGAAUCAAGUCCGUAUAGUUUCUCGGCGCUGAACAGGUUUAUGGUCGUUGGUUGUGAUGACACUGCUUUCAUCACGGGGCCUAACAACUUUGAGUAUGGCUGCAACGCCACCUGUAUCCACUCGGGGGACGCGAUGGAAGGAGAAUGUAUGGGCAUAGGAUGCUGCCAGAAACAGAUAGCCAAGGGCUUGAAAUACUAUAACACAGCCAUGUCUAGUACAAAAAACCACACCGACGUUUGGUCGUUUAAUUCAUGUGGGUAUGCAUUUAUUGGCGAGGCAGAUCGCUUCCAUUUCCGGGGGUUGCCAGAUCUAGGUGAUGAUCUAAUUGUUGAUUAUUUUUUUGAGAGAUUAAAGGCCACUGUACCCAUCGUGCUGGACUGGGCCAUUGGGAGUCUUUCGUGCGAGCGAGCUCUGAAAAGCGAGGAUUAUGCUUGCCGUGAAAAUAGUCAUUGCGUUGAUUCUGAUACUGGUCUUGGUGGCUACCGCUGCAGCUGUAAUCCAGGUUAUGAUGGCAAUCCUUAUCUCAACCAAGGCUGCCAAGAUAUUGAUGAAUGCGCUGAUCAUCCAAAUAACAGUUUCUGUGAGAAGAUCUGCAUAAAUACUCCAGGAAGUUACAAUUGUUCUUGUCCUGAUGGAUAUACCGUGACGGCAAAAAGGGAUGGCCAUACGGUUGUAUUGCUCCCUAUUCUGACUUCCCAUGGAUCAAGUUUCUCUAGGUAA